GUCGCUCACUCUAAGCCCAUCCGACAAAUGGCAUACUCAUGUUGUAUGGUCGGGCCCGGGGUUUCUCCAAGCCAGAUGGGCGCCCAUUAGGAAUGCAGGUUGCCACGGAUCUGCACGUCCACGUGUCUAUUCAUCUAGGCAUUCCCGCCCUGGGUCAUUUAAUCGUCCUGCGUAGUUUUGUUUUUUUGUUUUGUUUUUUUUUCAGAAAAAUGGGAAGAGAAGAAAGGAGAAGAAAAAAAGCGGUAUAAUAUGGGAAUGGAUCGGGUUGUUGGAGGCUCCGGACUUCGCCGAAGACGCGCUCGGAGGGGUUAGGGUUAGGGCUUUCGAGCCAAUGGAUUCUCCUGAGACCACCAAGCCCGCCUCCACCGCCGCUCCCGCGGUUCAGGAAUCUCCUUUCUCCAGCUAUGUUAGUAAUUUGUCUCCUAUACCAUUAGUCAAUGCCAAACCUGGUGUGCCAGCAUAUGGAGACAUCAAUUUUCCAUCCCCAGAACCUGUGUUUACAUCACCACACAUUAGUUACCCUAGAAGGCUGAAAAGAUCUCAACAUCUCCUCCUGAAUGGUGCUGAGAAAUUCCCUCCUGGGUAUGCCAACAAUGCCACAGAAAUGUCAGAAAGUGCACAGAUUAAUGGACCACUUAUCUCAAUGUCCAUGGUUCAGUCUGGCUCUUGCACUCAGAAAGAAGGUGACAAUGAUUGUCCCUCCCAGGAUCAACCUUGCAGCAGUCCUUCAAGCUGUGUUGAUGCUUUUCUCGCUGAUCCUUUGGAAAAUUGUGACAAUCCGUCUGGUUCACCUGAUCUUUAUUCGAAACAAGCUGCUGAAAUGCCUCAACGUAUACAAGCUGACGUUACUAGUGUAGAUGAAAAACAAAUAAAAUGUAGCAAGGAGGAUUUUAAUCAAUUGCAACCUAUUUCUCCAUCAAUUUUGGUUAAAGAGAUUACAGCUGAUUCUAUGGACUGUUUGACUUCUCCUGCUUUACCCAAUCCGCAUUUAGAGCAAGCUUCUGAUCCUCCUCGAGCUUUGUUGAAUGAUUUUAUCAGCACUGAGGAAACCAAUCCAGAGAUUUAUGUCUCUGAUGUCAAGAAAUGCACAAUUACUAAAGCUACCAAGAGUUUAGGCUCAUCAUAUCAAGCUGAAGAGGGCCCUCCUGGCGAAGAAUCUUCUUUCCCUGUUGCUCAGUUUGAAAGCAAGUUGAAAAUGGCUAAUGAGGCCAAGGAUAUUAAUGAGAGAUCUUGUGAUGAGCAGCCAGGACCGGUUUCUACUGAUGCCAUAGCAGUUACUUGCUCACAAAAUGGGCUGCAAUCAAUGGAUCAGAAUAUGGCAAGUUAUCCUUCAUUUGGCUUAAAGGAUAAGGAUUGUGAUGUUGUGGGCCAUAAUAAGGCAAGCCCUAGCACUUCAGUGAUGUAUCCCCAUGGAGCACAAGAUGCUAAUAAGAAACUUGCUGUAGAUGGAAAAUGUGCUGAGUUAGAUUCAACCCCCCAAUGGCUGCCAGAAUCCCAUGAGGACGUUCAGGCAGUUGACAAGCAUCUUGACAAUCCGGGAGCAAUUUGCAUUAUGUUCGCUGAGAAUCAGAUUCCAUAUGAUCUGGAGGAGGGUACACAACAUCAACGUGGCAUGCGCAAACGUCUUCAAUUUGAGGCUGUUGAGAAUCGUAGAAUGAGCAUUGUCUCCAAUUCAGAGUCACCAGCAACUCCUUUGGACAUGGGUACCAUAAGUGAUUCUCACACAGAAUCAGUUGCAAACUCCGCUAACAGCCAAUCAGUUCAAUCAGUUCCUGGGAAUGCCAUGUGCAGAUUGCCACUUAACGAUGUAUCAGGCCAAAAGAAAGGAAGCUCCCCUGCGACAGCUCCUAAGCCAUCUGGCAUUGGCUUACAUUUAAAUAGCAUCGGAAGUUCAGGACCAAUUAACUGUGAUGCGAACAUGCAUGAUACAAAUUUACGAGGACAGAAGUCACUCUCUGGGGUUAAUAGUCAGGUUUUACCAGAUUUAAAGAAUGAUGUAGCUUUGACAAACUUAAAAGGAAAAAAUCCAGCUACAUUAACUGUGACUUUGGAGAAUAAUUCUGCCAAUGGAAACAGUGACAAGAAACAUUCAGAGAAUCAAGCAAUAAAACUGCCAAAUUCUUCUAUUAGUUACCAAUCUCCAGUUGAUGCGAGACCUCUUCAAAGCUCUCUGCAGUCCAAGCAUAUUGAUCACUACAUGACUCCAAGUAAUAUAAAAAGGCCAGUUUCUGAUGGUGCUAGCAAGUCCUUGGACUCAACUCAAACAAGUCCUAGAAAGAAGAGGAAAAAGGCACCUGAAAAUGAUGGGCACAAACGUUGCAAUUGCAAGAGGUCAAAGUGUCUGAAACUUUAUUGUGACUGCUUUGCUGGUGGAACAUUUUGCACUGAAGCUUGUGCAUGCCAAGAGUGCUUUAACAGACCUGAACAUGAAGAUACUGUUCGUGAAACCAGACAACAGAUAGAGUCUCGAAAUCCACUGGCCUUUGCUCCUAAGGUUGUCCUGCAGGUCACCAAUCCAAAGAAAGAUAAUGGAGAGAAUAAGGACAUGACACCAGCCUCAGCCAGGCAUAAAAGAGGAUGCAAUUGCAAGAAGUCACUUUGCCUGAAAAAAUAUUGCGAAUGCUAUCAGGCUGGUGUUGGUUGUUCCUUUGGAUGCCGAUGUGAGGGCUGUAAGAAUACAUUUGGCAGGAAAGAUGUAUGUGGUGAAAUCAUCGAGAUAGAACAUAAGAAGUCGAAGGAGGGGAGCUGGGAGAGUGAUCCAUCUUGUGGGAAACUUGAAGGCAUAGAUCUCAAGAGGGAACCAGAUAGUACCAAGCAAUGCCCGUUGCAUCUUUCGCCUCUCACACCAUCAAUUCAAGGUCCAAGUGGAAGUGACAUGCCUAAAUCUCAUUGCCCUGCAAGCUAUCGUGCAUCACCAGAAUCUAGUGCAUCAGUUUUACCAUAUUAUGAACAGUGUCCAAGUUCUCCAGCGGAUUCAAUGAGCAAUAAUGCAUCAGAACAGGAAAGAGAAAAAACUUUAUCUAUAGUCCUAUAUGAUCAGGAAACUGAAUGUCCAUGUACAGGGAAAGUGGAUCCAUUCUCGCCUGGAUGGGAUGGGUUUUCAGACAUAUGUAAUCUUAGCCCCUUGCCAAAUCCUAAAGCAAGUGCUAGUUGUGUCUCUGUUGCAUCUAAAAUCAGAAAACCAAAGAUUCUUCAGACAAAGUUGUUUCAAGGAAGUGCUCGCUUAUCAGGGGGUUCACUUUGUUGGCAUAGUUCACCAGUAACUCCGCUGCCUCCAUUUGGUGAAGGCAAGUUGGUCGUGGAGCCAGAUUCUGAUGGUGGGGUACAUAACAAUCGAGAGGAUGAUACCCCUGCAAUUCUGAAGGACACCUGCACGCCUGUCAAGGCAGUUAAGACAAGUUCUCCCAAACAGAAGAGGGUAUCUCCACCACACAGACACUUGCAUGAGAGCAGGUCUAGCUCUUCACCUGGUCUUAGGAGUGCUCGCAAAUUCAUAUUGCAGUCCGUGCCUUCGUUCCCUCCCCUUACUCCAUACAGUAAUAAUUCUAGGGGCCAUGGUACAUGAACUGCUGCUUUCAACUAAUUUUGAGGAUAUAAUGUUACGAAUCAUCAUCUCUCUCAGUAUGUGGUGAUCUGUGAGAAAAAGCAGCACCUGCAAGGACCCAUAAUCUGAGCAGAAUGGGCAUGGGUUGGGUGCCAGGGGUACAUAAACUUUUAAUUUAUCAUUAUAAUAUCUACAGUUCUGCCAAACACUCUUUAUGUACUGCUUGAUAUCAAAUAAUGAAUUUGUUCUGAAGAUAUGCAAAAUAUGUGCAAGUGCUUGUAGACCGGCCAAUUAGCUAUUGACUUAUCUUUUGCACCA